UCAUGCCAUAUAUGAAAAUGCACCUCAAAAUUUACUGAUUAAGUUUACAAAUUGUGUGGCUGCUCCUUCGGUUUCCCUAUCGAAGCAAGCAUCGAAAGUCUUCCCAUUGCGUAAGGCACAUUCCAUGUUUAGUCCCACCCCACCAAUGGCACGCUCCCUCUCCUCUCAUUCCGAACUCCCUUCUUCCUAUCUUCCUAUACCCGACGGACCCUUUUCUCCGGCGGACCCUCCAAGACACGUGACCAAAAAGGUGCUUCUCAUCUCAUCUGGGUUGCUCAUGCUGCUUCUCUCCUUGGUGACCUUCAAUGCCUACUACCCGCAUUCAUCUGGAGAUGGAGACCAUGCUUCAUUAACGCCAACAACGCCCGAUGAUUUCGAAUUCAGUGUGCCAAGCUCAAUGUCGAAACCAUUUUCACGUGGCGUCUCUUUAGGGGUGUCGGAGAAGUCUAGCUGGAUGUUGAAGAGCAGCAAUGGAGAAUCCUAUCCUUGGAGCAAUAGCAUGCUGUCAUGGCAGCGAACGGCUUAUCACUUCCAGCCUGAGAAGAAUUGGAUGAACGAUCCUAAUGGUCCUAUGUACUACAAAGGGUGGUAUCAUUUCUUCUAUCAAUACAAUCCGAAAGGUGCAGUUUGGGGUACCAUAGUUUGGGGGCACGCUGUAUCAAGGGACUUGAUUCACUGGCUUCACCUACCACUGGCAAUGGUGGCUGAUCAAUGGUAUGACCAAAAUGGUGUGUGGACAGGCUCUGCCACCAUCUUACCCGAUGGUCAAGUCAUCAUGCUAUACACUGGUUCCACCAACGAGUCAGUGCAGGUCCAAAACCUUGCAUACCCUGCAGAUCCCUCUGAUCCUCUCCUUGUUGAUUGGAUCAAAUACCCUUCAAAUCCAGUUCUGUUCCCUUCACCAGGCAUCGAUACCAAGGAUUUUCGUGACCCCACCACAGCUUGGCUCACCACAGAAGGCAAGUGGCGCAUCAGUAUUGGUUCAAAGCUUAACAAAACUGGCAUAGCCUUGGUUUAUGAUACCAGUGACUUUAAGACCUAUGAGCGUGUGGAGGGACUGCUCCGUGCUGUGCCUGGCACUGGCAUGUGGGAGUGUGUUGACUUCUUUCCAGUAUCCAGUGAGGGUGAAAAUGGCUUGGAUGCUUCAAUCAAUGGGGAGAAUGUGAAGCAUGUGGUGAAGGUUAGCUUGGAUGAUGAUAGACAUGAUUACUAUGCAGUGGGGACUUACGAUGAGAAGAAUGCCAAGUUCACACCAGAUGAUUUGAAGAACGAUGUUGGUAUUGGACUCAGAUAUGACUACGGUAUAUUUUAUGCAUCCAAGACAUUUUAUGAUCAGAGUAAGGGAAGGAGAGUGUUGUGGAGUUGGAUUGGAGAGUCUGAUAGCGAAUAUGCUGACGUAGCCAAAGGUUGGGCAUCAAUUCAGGGUAUUCCAAGAACAGUGACACUUGAUAAGAAAACCGGUAGCAGCUUACUUCAAUGGCCUGUAGCAGAGGUGGAAAGUUUGAGAUUGGGAAGCAAUGAGUUUGAAAAUUUGAAGGUGAAGCCAGGGUCAGUGGUGCCACUUGAAGUUGGAACAGCUGCACAGUUGGACAUUGUAGCUGAGUUUGAGAUAGAUAACAAAGCCUUGGAGAUGACUGGCCAAUCCAAUAAGGAGUACGAGUGUAGCACCAGUGGUGGAGCAGCAGAACGUGGUGCCUUAGGACCAUUUGGUCUUCUAGUAUUGGCUGAUGAUGAUCUUUCUGAAUACACUCCCACAUACUUUUACGUGGUUAAAGGAAACGAUGGACAACUUAAAACUUCCUUCUGCUCUGAUCAAUUAAGGUCUUCUCUAGCAACUGAUGUUGGUAAGAAAAUCUUCGGAAGCUCUGUUACAGUACUAGAAGAUGAAAAACUGUCAGUGAGGAUAUUGGUGGACCAUUCUGUGGUGGAAAGUUUUGCUCAAGGUGGAAGAACAUGCGUGACAUCUCGAGUUUAUCCAACGAAGGCAAUCUAUGGAGCUGCUAGAUUGUUUUUAUUCAAUAAUGCUACAGAAGUCAAUGUGACUGCUUCAGUUAAAGUUUGGCAAAUGAAUUCUGCAUUCAUACGCCCCUUCGACCCACAACAAAGUAAUUCUAUUUAAGAGAACAAAGCUGUUCAAUAACCUUCUCUUCUACUAACCUAAAGGUUAGGGUUAUUGAACAAAGUUCUCCUGCCUCAAUUUUGCUCAAAUCUUUUUUUAAUAGCCUCGAUUUUGUAAAAUAGUAGUGAUAUUUGUAAAUUGUCAUGAGAAUGAAAGAAAUAUUAUGUUUCCUUUCUUUGAAAAA